UUUUUAAGUAUUGGCUAAAUACACACCAGCCCAAAAUGAGAAGCAGCACACUGAUAUGUUGCCAUGGUUACUGUAGGGCCACUCCUCUCCCUAGCUCCCUGCACUUUUAACCCACAAGCCUCGGGAGUUAGUUAUUGACAGCUGGAGGAAGUGUCACCAAAAAAGGUUCUGCCUGGGGCAGCCUGCCCUCAGUGACUGACAACAGGCUCAGGGUGUUGGAAGGCAGAGAUGAAAGGAUUGGAGAUGGAGUAUCCUUAGAAAUAAUGUUACCAGCCUUCACAUACUGUGCUGAUGAAAAAAACACCCUCUAAUGUAGAGCUCAGCGAUUCAGAUGGUCAUCUCUAAGUUGAGAUCUGACUGCAUAUGUAGGACUGUAGUAUAUAACCCAGCCGUCUGUCCCUACCAUACCAAGCAGGCUAUAUUUACAGGGACAUGCGUUUUUCAACAUUCUUGUUUGCAGAAUGGAAUUUAUGUAAGAGUUAAAAAACUCAAAGCAAACUUUGAUGAGCCUGCAUAUAGGGAUAAAGACAACCUGGAUUUCUCCAAUGCAGCAGCAAGGACAGGUGUGUGCUGCAUGACGCAGGUGUACAAAGAAAAAGCACCUACCCUCUUCCAUGUUAACAGCUGGACAUCUGUACUUCCGUUUUUCACAUGAAUCUAUAUGUUUAUGGAGCCGAGGGGAAAGUGGAGGGCUCUGUACCCAAAAUGGCGCGGGUCUGGCGUACCCCUGAUCAGAGUUAUUCUGAUCCGAAAGUUUCGGUGUUCAAGGCUGUAAGAAAAUAGCCUGGAUUGUUCAUGGAGUUUUUCAUCAGUAUGUCUGAAACCAUUAAGUACAAUGACGAUGAUCAUAAAACACUGUUUCUGAAAACUCUCAAUGAACAGCGCCUGGAAGGAGAGUUUUGUGACAUUGCUAUUGUGGUGGAAGAUGUGAAGUUCAGAGCACACCGAUGCGUUCUCGCCGCCUGCAGCACCUAUUUUAAGAAGCUGUUCAAGAAACUUGAGGUCGACAGUUCUUCAGUAAUAGAGAUAGAUUUCCUUCGUUCGGAUAUAUUUGAAGAAGUACUGAACUACAUGUACACAGCCAAGAUAUCCGUGAAGAAGGAAGAUGUUAACUUAAUGAUGUCCUCCGGUCAGAUUCUCGGUAUCCGGUUUUUGGAUAAACUCUGUUCUCAGAAGCGUGAUGUGUCUAGUCCCGACGAAAACAACGGUCAGUCCAAGAGUAAAUACUGCCUCAAAAUAAACCGCCCCAUAGGAGAUGCGGCUGACGCCCAAGACGAUGACGUGGAGGAAAUCGGGGAUCAGGAUGACAGUCCUUCUGACGACACGGUAGAAGGCACUCCCCCGAGUCAGGAGGACGGCAAGUCACCCACGACCACGCUCAGGGUUCAAGAAGCAAUUUUGAAGGAGCUGGGGAGCGAGGAGGUUCGAAAAGUCAACUGCUACGGCCAGGAAGUAGAAUCCAUGGAGACCCCCGAGUCCAAAGAUUUAGGGUCGCAGACCCCUCAAGCCUUAACAUUUAAUGAUGGAAUGAGUGAGGUAAAAGAUGAACAGACGCCAGGCUGGACCACAGCCGCUAGUGACAUGAAGUUUGAGUAUUUGCUUUACGGCCAUCACCGGGAGCAGAUUGCCUGCCAGGCGUGUGGUAAGACCUUUUCUGAUGAAGGCAGAUUGAGGAAGCAUGAGAAGCUGCACACGGCAGACAGGCCGUUCGUCUGUGAGAUGUGUACGAAAGGCUUCACCACCCAGGCCCACCUGAAGGAGCACCUGAAGAUCCACACAGGGUAUAAGCCCUACAGUUGUGAGGUGUGCGGGAAGUCCUUCAUCCGCGCCCCGGACUUAAAGAAGCACGAGCGAGUCCACAGUAACGAGAGACCGUUUGCAUGUCAUAUGUGUGACAAAGCCUUCAAACACAAGUCCCACCUUAAGGACCAUGAACGGAGACACCGAGGGGAAAAGCCUUUCGUGUGUGGCUCCUGCACCAAGGCGUUUGCCAAGGCCUCGGAUCUGAAGAGGCACGAGAACAAUAUGCACAGUGAGAGGAAACAGGUCACCCCCAGUGCCAUCCAGAGCGAGACAGAACAGUUGCAGGCCGCGGCCAUGGCCGCAGAGGCCGAGCAGCAGUUGGAGACCAUCGCCUGUAGUUAGAGGUGAUGGGACAAAGGAACCCUUGACCUGGGAGGAGGACACAGGGACUGCAUUGGUCGUCAUCAGUGAACACCAAUGACCGCUUUUGUAGAAACUUAACGAAAUGUUGUACUGGCUGGACUUAAGGCCAUGCUUGGGUUAGGUAUUUUUUUAAAAAAAAGAAAAAGAAAACUUUUCAAGGCAAUUAUGUCCUGAGGUUCUGACCAAACAGUUUCACUGUCUUGUGGUGUCUAGUAUUAAUGUUGCCAGUUAGCUCCCCUGACUCUCCUUUCUUUUCCCUUUCAUUUUUUUUUUUUUAAUUUUGUGGUUUUAAUUUGAGAACUCCCUUUGUCCAGUUUAAAGUGAGAGACUUCUAUUCAAUUUUCAGUUCCUCCACACUUGCCAAGCUGACAAGUGCACUUCACAGAGUAAUAACUGAGUAAAUUGAUUUCCUAACCAUCCCAGUAUAUGUGACUUGAUGGUCAAAACAGCAGUUUUAAUUAUUUAAUAAUAAAAGUACUUCAUAAUGAUGCAGAAAAUGGCAUAUGGUGAUCAAGUCCACUGUACAAGUACAAAGCCAAGUUCUGGAAAUGCAGAAUGGUAUUUUAUAUUUUAUUAAUUCUUUUUGUAUCACUGUUUUCCACUCUUUCUGUGGACAAAUAACAGCUGCUUUACCAAGAUGUUUUCUCAUCCAUUUUGAUUGCCCCAUGCCCUCCCACUCACAAAAGCUGCACCACAGGGUGAGCCCACCCACCAGAAUGUUGGUGGUGAUGGGUGAAGGCUUUAGGUUCCUCUUUUAUGGAAUGUUACUUCCCUGCACCAGUGGGCAUUUGUGGCAUGGGCCAGUAGUGAUAAGAGUAGGGAAAGCUGUCAGAAACUGUUUUUAAAGGUACAGAACUCCUAGGAUUUCUUGAGUCAAAAUGACUCUUAAUUGAUUUCAAAAUUGGUUUUGUAUUUAAGAUCAAAAUUAGGAGACAAAACAGAAGCACUUGUUCAGAUCCAUUUGUGUGCUUGACAGAAGAUCGGGUCUGGGCUCUGUAGCAGCACAGUACUCCAUACAGGGAUGCAGUGUGCUUAAGUAAAUUUAAAAUAAAGUUUUACGUGUGUAAAUAGUAGUGUUGGUCUUAAUGUAUUUCAAGAACACAAGAUGGCUGCACUUUUUUUUUUUUUUUGCACAUUGGAUAAAUUCCUUUCAUUAGCAAACAUCAGACCAUUGUAACCAAUAUUAAAGAUUGUUAGACCAAAUGUUUGUUUUUGAAGUUUAUCUAAACAUUGGUUACAGUUUUAAACAGAAGUUGCUUGCCUUCUCACAGCCAUAAAUCAGAAUUAUAAACUGUUUCCAACCUAGUAUAUUAAAGGUUCUUUUAACCGUUUCCUUAGAAAUCUAUGGAAAUGCCAACAGUUGUUUGAAUUAUGUUCUGUAAGAAAGUAUUAGUUAUUUUAGAAUGUGUACAAUUGUAGAAAAUGCCAAUUUUUGAAAUUCAUAUUGGUUCUAGGAUUUUUUCAUUUUUAAAAAACAAUACAUUCAUUUCAUAGCUUGCUGCAUUGACACCUGUUAAAUACUAUUGUGGAAAAAAAAAGAUUUUUAAAAUUGGUGUACAUGUUAUACCCAAGAUUGUAGGGUAAAGAUGCUCUUUUUAAAAAUUUUAUUUAUUGGUAAAAUGUUUUAGUUCUAGGUUAAUUUAAUUUUUUCUCUCUCUCUUGAAAGUUGUUUAUUCUGUAUUGAAGGUAGUCCUGUCACUGUGUUUAUAUGCUGUUAGUAGGAAGGGAACUGACCGCUGUUCUAGGCUGUUUUAACCAAAGCAAGGGUAAAAUCAUUUAACAUCUUGUUGAUAGCUAUUUCAACAAACCAUAUUUCGGGCCUUCGUUUUGUACAUAAAAGAAAAUAUACUUCUCUCA